AUGUCGGUAGACAGAACUCCUCCACCAGCAAAUAUUCCACCACCAUUGCCUCUGGCUCCGAUUUACAUAGAGCCUUCGGUUUGUCAUGUGUGUACGGAAACAAUGGUCGAAGGAGAUGAUUGUUUAAUCAUUCAUGAAUGUUCGCACGCGUUCCAUAGAUCCUGUAUUGAGUCACAUCUUUCUACCAGUUCUGAAUGCCCGGUAUGCAAACGUGCAUGUCGACUUUGUGACUUACGUAGAUUGGUAAUAAACGCUAAUGCUGCAACAUUUAGACCAACCAUUAAGAAAAAAGGCAGGGGUGCUAUGGCACGAACCUACAAUACACGUUCAACUUCAAACCGUAAUCUUUUUCAAGAAUCCGAUCCUUCUAAUACUGGCGAGACCAGUAUGUCUCUGGGAAAUGAACCUGAAAACACACAACUAGCUACCAAUGAUAUUCUAUUAGACACAACUGGAAAUAAUAAUAACCGUAUAAAUUCUCCAAUUCAAAAUCCAGAACAUUUAAUAAGAACACCGUCUAACAAUAAUAAUUCUAGUAUUGAUUACGAUCAAAUUAAUCGUUUAAUCGAAGCCAAUAUUACGAAACUUUUGCAAAAUAUGAAUAUUAUGCAACCAGUUAGCAACAACAAUAAUCAAAAUAACAACAAUGCCAAUACACAUCAAAAUGGUUAUGGUUCGCAACGUCCAAAUACCCAAACCAAUGUCAACAUUCCUUAUAUUUUCUCACCAUUCGCAAAUUCCAAUUCUAAUACUGGUACAAUACAUGCAGACAAGGUUACCUCCGUGAUCCAGAAUUGGAACCUCAAAUUCGAUGGUUCAUCAAACGGAUUGCAUGUAGAAGAGUUUCUGUAUCGUAUUAAAUCAUUAACCAGGGAUACAUUCAAUAGUGAUUUCACUAUUAUCUGCAAGAACUUGCAUAUCCUCUUAACAGGAAAAGCCCGCGAUUGGUACUGGCGGUACCAUAAGCAGGUCCAAUCUGUAAACUGGGAUGAUUUUUGUGAUGCCCUGCGAUGCCAGUAUAGACAAUAUAAAAGCUCUUUUGAUAUCCGAGAGGAAAUCAGAAACAGGAAACAAAAGCCUGGAGAGUCAUUCGAUUCCUUUUUCGAUUCCGUAUUGGUAAUUAUGGAUCGUCUCCCGGCGCCCAUGUCUGAUUCUGAAUUGAUCGAAAUACUAGCGAGGAAUCUGCGUCCUGAUAUCCGCCAAGACUUAUUAUACGUUCCCAUACACUCGAUUUCACACUUACGAAAACUCGUACAAAUGCGAGAACAUUUCUUAAAUGAUGAGAGCGUUCGCAAAAAUCUUUUUACUCGCAGCCAAAAUCAGAAUAUGCCACGUAGAUAUCUAUCUGAAAUAGAUUCAACGAAUACUAGUGACAAUGUUCACGAAGUUGAAGAGUUAGCUUGUUCUGUUGACGCUGUACAGGGUCAUGAAGUUGUGGUCAAGUGUUGGAACUGCGAUGAGUCCAAAUGUGACAAAGAAACUCUUACAGAUUUCAAAAUACCCUGCUAUGACAAUUUAUCCCUUGUUUGUAACCAAACUGAAAAAAUUACUCUGCUAGAACGUCCUAAAACCUAUACCAAUGAACCAAAACUUGAAAUAUCGAAACUUAUUACACCAAAACUUCCAUACCAUGAAAGAUUACAAUUGUACAUGCAAAAACGCAAUGAAAUAUUUAACCUGUCUGAAAUUACAGAAUGUAAACCAUCGAAAUCUAAACGGUCAACUGUUCGUCUUAGAAAAUAUUACAAAAUGCGAAAAACUUGUCGAAAACUUCUUAUUUCUGCUAUUGUGUCAAAUCCAAAGGAUUUGCGUUAUUACGCAAAAGUGAAGUUUUUGAAUUUUGAUGAAUAUGGUCUCCUUGACACCGGGGCCAAUAUUAGUUGUUUAGGUUCAGAUUUAGCAGAGAUUGACUUUUCGAAAUUCCCAUGUUAUACAAAAUGUAAACAUUACGUUAAAACGGCUGAUGGUCAUUUACAAUCAGUUUGUGGAUGGCUGGAUGUAGAAAUCUUCUUUAAAGAUCAAUCGAAAACCUUAAAACUUUUUAUUAUACCGUCGAUAUCUCAGAGAUUGAUUUUGGGAAUCGACUUUGUGAAGUCCUUCGCUUUGUUUCCAGACAUAGUUGGGUCUGUAGAUAUACUUACUUUUAAUAAUUCGUCCAACUCGUCCUUGUUCGAUUUAUCCGUUCUUUCAGGUAAGUCCGAAGUCCAGUCCGAUAAAACAAAUCAGUCUAAAACACCAUUAGACGAAAAUUCCUAUCCACUUUCGCAUAGCCAACGUUUGCAGCUUAACGCUGUCAUUAACUUGUUUCCGAAUUUUGAAAAACAAGGGUUGGGAAGAACCAGUCUUAUUAGACACUCAAUUGAUGUUGGCAAUGCCUCACCAAUUAAGUCAAGGUUCUAUCCAGUUUCUCCUGCGGUCGAGAAACUGAUGUACGGUGAACUAGAUCGUAUGUUGGCACUAGGGGUGAUAGAACCUUCCACAUCCCCCUGGAGUUCACCUAUGCGUUUGGUUUUAAAACCAAACAAGGUCCGAUUGUGCCUAGAUGCACGUAAGGUUAAUGCUGUAACCAUAAAGGAUGCAUAUCCGCUUCCAAAUAUUGAGGGAAUAUUCGCAAGGCUUCCAAAGGCGAAUCUCAUAACGAAGCUAGAUCUGAAGGAUGCCUAUUGGCAGAUUGCCUUAGAUGACAAGUCCAAAAGUCUGACAGCAUUCACAGUCCCGGGUCGGCCACUCUACCAGUUUGUAGUUAUGCCGUUCGGGCUGUGUAAUGCUCCACAGACUAUGUGCAGACUUAUGGACGAAAUCAUUCCUCCGGACUUAAGGCACUGUGUCUUUGGGUAUUUGGAUGAUCUAGUUAUCGUUUCAGAAGAUUUCGAAACUCAUCUUGAAAUACUAGUACGUAUAGCCUCGCAAUUUCGAAAAGCUAAUCUCACGUUAAACAUAUCUAAGUCCAAAUUUUGCGUAACAUCGGUAAACUAUUUAGGAUUUGUGAUAGGAAACGGGGGAAUUACAACGGAUCCCGAAAAAGUUCAAGCGAUAAGAGAUUGGCCCACUCCCAAAAACUUAAAACAAAUUCGCGGUUUUCUUGGAUUGGCGGGGUGGUAUCGUCGUUUUAUUGAAAAUUUCUCAACGGUCGUUUUUCCAAUCACGGAGUUGUUAUCGACGAAAAAGGUGUUUAAAUGGACAGAAGAAGCCCAGAAAGCAUUCGAAAAUGUUAAACUCUUGCUCACCUCCGCUCCUGUCUUGACAAACCCGGACUUCCGAAAGAAAUUCUUCCUUCAUUGUGAUGCUAGUGAUUUCGGUAUAGGUGCAGUUCUGGUGCAAUUGGACGACCAAGGCCAAGAACGUCCAAUUGCAUACAUGAGUAAAAAGUUAAAUUCAGCACAACGAAAUUACAGUGUCACAGAGAGGGAAUGUUUGGCUGCAAUGGAAGCUAUCAAGCGAUUCCGGUGUUAUUUGGAAAUGCAGGAGUUCGAGGUGAUCACAGACCACUCUAGUUUACUGUGGUUAAUGCGGCAACCAGAUCUCAGUGGCCGGCUUGCAAGAUGGGUGUUUAAGCUGCAGUCCUAUAAUUUUUCAAUUAGCCAUCGUAAGGGCAAAGAUAAUGUGGUCCCCGAUGCAUUAUCACGGAUUCCAGUAAACGAAGUUGCUGCCUUAGAAAUAAUUGAACCAGAGAUUGAUCUUGAAUCUCCCUAUUUUUCAGAUCAAGAAUAUUUAAAUCUGAUACAAAAGUACAAUGAAAAUUCAGCGAAAUAUCCAGAUAUAAAAAUCCUAGAUAAAUACAUUUAUUAUCGAACCGAGCAUUAUAAUGGCAACGAAAACCAAGAGCAGUUGUGUUGGAAACUAUGGGUACCAGUAAGACUACGUAGAGAUACUAUCUCAAGAGCGCACGAUACGCCUGUGACAGCACAUGGUGGGAUGGUGAAAACACUGGAGCUAUUAAGGAGAAACUUCUUUUGGCCUGGAAUGGUCCGAGAUGUUCGCAAUUAUGUUCGACAAUGUGAAAUCUGCAAAACCACAAAAGCCCCUAACUUUGUAAUGAAGCCACCAAUGGGUAAUCAAAGCGUUUCCAUUCGACCAUUCCAGCGCCUCUACAUAGAUUUACUGGGCCCAUACCCACGCAGUAAAUCCGGCUACAUUGGCCUCUUAAUCGUGCUUUGCCCCUUAAGAAAAUUUACGUCGAAUCUAAUCCAAGAGUUCUUACAAAAACACAUUUUUCAUGUAUAUGGCGUACCAGAGUUCAUUGUCAGUGAUAAUGGGAGCCAAUUUCGCGCCAACGAUUUUAACGCUUUUCUGACGGUCAACGGAAUCAAUCAUACUUAUACAGCGUUAUACUCCCCCCAAUCCAACGCAUCGGAACGUGUCAACCGAUCUCUUAUCGCUGGAAUUCGAGCUUUUUUAAAGACUGAUCAUCGUCUUUGGGACGAAAAGCUCAGUGAGAUCAGUUGUGCCCUUCGUAAUUCCUACCACCAGUCCAUAAAUACCUCACCUUUUUAUGCUUUGUUUGGAUUUAAUAUGAUUACGCACGCUACUUCAUACAACCUACUACGUCAGGUAAAACUUCUAGAUGAACCCUCGGCAAAUAUUGCCCAUGCAGAUAAUCUUCAAAUUGUACGGGAGAAUAUUCGAAGAUCGAUUAAAAAAGCACAUGAUCGGAAUACUCACCAGUACAAUCUUCGAUCAAAACCCCAAUCUUUUCAGGUAGGUCAGGAAGUAUUUCGGCGAAAUUUUGUCCAAAGUAAUUUUGAAAAGCGUUUCAACGCAAAAUUAUCACCUCUUUUUAUUAAAGCACGAAUCAGGGAAAAUGUUGGAAACAACUAUUACAUAUUAGAAGACCUUCAAGGAAAAAUAAUAGGAACCUAUCAUGGAAAGGACAUAAGACCAUAAACUCCCUUUUUUCCAUUCAAUUUUACAUCGCAUUGCUCUAAAAUUGCUUGGUUUUGUAAUGGUCAUAGUCAAACAAUGUUUGUUUUUCUUUUGCUUAGUAAAUUUAUUUCAUUUGGAAAUGGUGUUGUUCAUAAUAUCCAGAGAAAAAAAAAAAAAAAAUUUGCAGUAGUGCAAAGUGAAUGUAAUUUUCAUGACUUUUCUGAAAACACUGCUAAUACAACUCCUUCUAAAUGCAUUCCUAAAUGUAACAAUAAAAAUUCAACUAAUUUCAUUAAAACGUCAAAACUUAAUUCAGAUUGUUGAUUUAAGCAAAUGAGAUUUAUGUGUUAUUAUAAAUAAUUUUGAAUAUUAAUAAUUUUCAAUAUUUAUUAUAUUUUCCUGUAAACCAUUUAAAAUGUGUUUCGAAAAUAUAUACAAAUAGUUUGAACCCAUGAAACAUCGAUUUCGAGUCAUCGAAUUUGCAUUAAUUCGAUUAUUCGAAAUUCUCGAAUAAACACAUGAUCUCAAAUGACAAGCUAAUGUUAAAAUUAUAUUAUGAACCACUUCAUCAACACUUGCAUAUCUGAUUAAAUUACAUCGUUGUCAUGUAACUUUUUGCUGGGACAAAGAAAUCACAUAUUCGUGAUUAACAAACAAAACAUUUACCAAAGGCAUUUAAAGCAAAAACAUUAUGUUCUUUGUUUUUAUUUCCAAAAAAAUAUCACUUAAAAUGUUAGUUUCUAUCAGAAUUUUAUCAGCAUGUACAAAAAUCCCAUCAGUAGAUUUCGUGGCCCCUGAACUGAAAAUCAUAAAAGACAAUUAACUUAGUUAAUGGUCAUUAGCAAAACUUAGAAUAACAAGUGUUUACAAACCUUAUAAAAGAGUAAUUUUGCUGAAUAGAGGCAACAUUAAGAGUUUCAUUGGUUUGUUUAAUCAAUUAAUUAUUAUUUGUAUUAAGCAAGAUUUUUUUUUUAUUUUAUAACAUUAUUGUUGGACUUUGCAUCUUUAAACAUAUGUAUUCAGCUAUUUUCUUUUGAUCUUGUUUUAUCUUAAUAUCUACUGUUCAUCAUUCUUGCUGUGGUAUGUUUAAUAACAGAUGCACUGCAUUAUCAUUCAUAUCACUUUUAGUUUUGUCAUGCAUGGAAAAAUAUGUCUUGAUAUACAGUCAAUCAAUUAAAUAAAUUAAAAUAGAAAUUAUAAUUACAAAUUGAAAGGAAAAAGAAAAUAAUAAAAACUAGAGAUUUUACUUAAAUAAUCUUACUACGAUUUUUUUGUUACAAUCUCAACUACUUAAUUUUUUAAUAUUAAACAAAUUUCUGGUGAUUUUUAUUCUGGCGAUUUUAAGCAUUAAUAUGCAAAAAGUGAUAUCCACAAAACGAUUUAAUACUAUUUCUAUACAACAGUAUUUUUGCACUCUUUCUACCAUUCUUGAUCCCGUUUUAAGAUAUUUCUAGAACCAGAAUUUACUUUUGAUUAAUAUUGGAUUGGCGUCUUUCUUUUGGCUUUUUGACUUCAACCUAUUAAAACCUAAAACGUGCUAAGUGAUUUUGAAGAAAUUAUAAUUUUUACAAAAAGUGUAUAAAGUGUUAUAGUUAACAACUUAAAUUUAAAUUUCAACAAGUGAAAAUAUAAUAAUCCAGAUAUCGGGUAAUAUUUCUUAUUGAAUUUAAUUCUAUUUCGAAAUGAAAUGAAUUUAAACAAAUUUUAUAGAAAAUUUGCCUAAAAAACUGUACUGGACCACGUUUCACUUUCAAGUCCCGUUGUUAUAUAACUGUACUGGACCACGCUUCCUUUCUCAAGUCCCGUCGUUACAUAAUAGGCAUACUUGCCUGGGACUUGGAAAUAACAGUUGGAAAUUUUAGUGUCUAUAUUGUUCGUCUUGGAAAGAUUAGAUUUAAACGAUUUAAACGACACAUAUCUCAUGAAAAAGUGGUAACAACAUCCAGCAGUAUUCAACAUUUCAACGUGAUUUGUAACCAACUAAAUACAAGAAAAAAAAAGUCAAAGGAAGAAUUAGGCUUCAAGAUAAAUUCGGAAAAGUAGCAAAAGCUUGGAAGCAUCUUCAGAAAAGUUUGCCAAAAGUCCAAUAUUUCUAGAACCAGAAUUUACUUUUGAUUAAUAUUGGAUUGGCGUCUUUCUUUUGGCUUUUUGACUUCAACCUAUUAAAACCUAAAACGUGCUAAGUGAUUUUGAAGAAAUUAUAAUUUUUACAAAAAGUGUAUAAAGUGUUAUAGUUAACAACUUAAAUUUAAAUUUCAACAAGUGAAAAUAUAAUAAUCCAGAUAUCGGGUAAUAUUUCUUAUUGAAUUUAAUUCUAUUUCGAAAUGAAAUGAAUUUAAACAAAUUUUAUAGAAAAUUUGCCUAAAAAACUGUACUGGACCACGUUUCACUUUCAAGUCCCGUUGUUAUAUAACUGUACUGGACCACGCUUCCUUUCUCAAGUCCCGUCGUUACAUAAUAGGCAUACUUGCCUGGGACUUGGAAAUAACAGUUGGAAAUUUUAGUGUCUAUAUUGUUCGUCUUGGAAAGAUUAGAUUUAAACGAUUUAAACGACACAUAUCUCAUGAAAAAGUGGUAACAACAUCCAGCAGUAUUCAACAUUUCAACGUGAUUUGUAACCAACUAAAUACAAGAAAAAAAAAGUCAAAGGAAGAAUUAGGCUUCAAGAUAAAUUCGGAAAAGUAGCAAAAGCUUGGAAGCAUCUUCAGAAAAGUUUGCCAAAAGUCCAGUAAUCAAAAUCUAACAAUAUAAUUUAAAUUAUUUAACAAAAUCCUAAAUAUUACAUAUCCAAUUCCAAUCUAACUUAAAUUUUAAAAUCACAUUUCAUACAUAUUGAGAUAACCUAAAUUUUUGAAAAUGGUUUCUUAAAAACUAAAAUAACUCAACCAAAACUUAAAAUCAUUCGUAAAAAAACUAAACUAAUCUAAACAAAUCAAUCCAAAAUUUCUUAAUUUUCUAAUAUUUUAACAUGAAAAUUCUAAAAGUUUAAAAACAAAGCUCAUAUUUUCAAAAUUAUUAACUUAACCUAAUAUCACAAUUUAUUUCUUAAAAACUAACUUUAAAAUGUAACAUAACAAUGUAAAAUCUUCAAAAUAAGUUCUUAGAAAAUUUACAAUUUGAUAACAACAUGAAAUGAAUUAAACAGGCUAAAUAUUGCACCAAAAAUAAACAAAAUGUUAAAUCAAAUUAUAGUUUAGGCAUGAUGAAAACUUUUGAAUUUUGAAGAUUUUUUCUUUAGACUUGAAACCUUAAUGAAACAUCACAGAUCUAAAAUCUAAUUAACCUAUGUAAAGAAAAUUGUAUUAAAUUCUCUUUACUCUUAAAACCUAGUAUUGCACAAUAUUUAUAUUUAGUUAUUAUAUUCUAAUACUAACCUAAAUGGCAAACUAUAGAAUAAUGCAAAUCAAAAUUUAAUUUACUCAUUCAAAAAGAAGUCAUCAAAACCACAUCAACGAAUUAUUGCUGGAGGCCUUCAUCAAGUCGGUGUGAUGCGGUAAGUCAGUUAAAACAUUUUUUUUAUUAUUAUUAGUUUUGCAUUAUCUUUAGUAAGAAACAACAUUCAACAUAAGGCAAUGCAGAGUAUCAUUAUGUUAAAUAACAGUGUUCAUUAUGUUAUUGCUUAAUUAAACUGAUCUCUUUUGCAAAUUAUGUUUACUCUUGAAUUAAAUCUCUUUGUGAUAACUAACACUUACUUGUUGAAUUUUGUUUCUUAGUUUUCUUUUGUUUUGCCAAAAAUUAUUACUCUUUAAAACAAGAAAGAUAUUUGUAAUUUAAACCUUUAUGAACCUUAUGCUAAGAUUUUGUCUUUGCGGAAUAUGAAACAUAUAGUUUAUUCUUUCAUUAUACUUCUAUUGAAAGUUAAUUUAAAUAGUUUCUAAUAGAACAUUAUAUUUAAAUUUUGUCUAUAUUCUAAUUUAUUAAUAUGGUUAAUGGGCUGAAUAAAUAAUUUUGUAAAAUGGAAUGCUAAUUUAAAAUUUUCGGGUGUUUUCUUCAA